UGUGUGUGGGGCUGGGGAGUGCGCACGCUGCAGCGCAUCCGCAAGAACUCCUUCGUCAUGGAGUACGUGGGGGAGAUCAUCACCUCGGAGGAGGCGGAGCGCCGGGGCCAGGUGUACGACCGCCAGGGCGCCACGUACCUGUUCGACCUGGACUACGUGGAGGACGUUUACACCGUGGACGCCGCCCACUACGGGAACAUCUCCCACUUCGUCAACCACAGCUGCGACCCCAACCUGCAGGUGUACAACGUCUUCAUCGAGAACCUGGACCAGCGGCUGCCGCGCAUCGCGCUCUUCGCCACGCGGCCGAUCCGCGCCGGGGAGGAGCUCACCUUCGACUACAACAUGCACGUGGACCCGGUGGACGCCGAGAGCAGCCGCAUGGACUCCAACUUCGGGCUGGUGGGGGGGUCCCUGGGGGGCUCCCCCCGCGCCCGCGGCCGCAUCGAGUGCAAGUGCGGGGCGGCCUCGUGCCGCAAAUUCCUGUUCUGAAACACCUGGGCCACACCUGGGCCACAGCCAGAGCUCA